UCUCAUUCAAUUUCAGGUCGUUGUGUUUAAAUCCUGAACGUGAUUGAUUCUUUUUGCUAUUCCUUUCCAGCGCGAUCCACCAUCUAUUGCGACGCCAUAUCAUAUGAGUCAUUUGGUUCCAAUCAGUUUGAGUUGACCAUUGAGUGUAAAGUAGAAGAAUUGAUAGUUAAGAGGUCUUCAAUAUAAUGUUCAAACAGAUUGGAUUGAAAGUGGGUCAUUGGUCUCACAAGAAGAUCGUUGAUCCUCUUCUCCAAAUCCUCCGCAGGGGUGCAGAGCCAAAGCAAUUGGCAUUCUCUGGGGCUCUUGGCGUUACACUGGGUAUCUUUCCCAUCGUUGGGGUCCCUGUAUUUAUGUGUGGGUUAGCUAUUGCAGUACUUGGAUCCUCGUGUCAUGCACCAACUGUGUUCUUGGCCAACUUCAUUGCUACUCCAGUUGAGUUGAGUUUGGUGAUUCCGUUCCUACGUUUAGGCGAAGCUGUGAGUGGUGGAUCUCAUUUUGCUUUGACCUCUGAUGCAUUAAAGAAGGUCUUGACUGGUCAGGCUUCGUGGGAGGUCUUGCUGAGCAUUUUCCAUGCGUUGUUGGGCUGGCUUGUUGCUACACCAUUCAUCCUGGCAGGGCUUUAUGUACUGUUUUUACCAUGUUUCACAUUGUUGGUUCGUAAAUUCAGUAGCGGUCAACCAAUUAAAAUCAAUAGUGUUCCUUCAAGUCCGAAGAAGAUUGUUUCUUCAAGCCCAAAAAAGGCUGUUCAACCCCUUACAGAAGUCAGGGUUAAAGUGAGGGAUGUAUAAUGUUCUUUGAAACUAAUGUAUUAGCUUCUCUUUAGUAGUUCUUGUAAUGGAACAUCAAGAAUUCGGGCAUUUCUGUACAUGUAUCAAGUUUAAAAUUCCAGUCUCAGAGGAAUUGGCAUUGAAAACUGUUACAAGUGAUAUUGAAAUUAUGGUGUCUAUUUUGGUUAUCCUA